AUGUUCCACGAAAGCGUAGUGUUGGAUUUGGAUUCCGUUAGAGAGAGGAAUGAGCUGUACAAAGCUACUUUCUUGAUGGAAGCGGCCAACGAGUGCUUUGAGUUUGAUCCAAAGUUGACUGCGGAAGAAAAUCUGCAAAAAUUGGCUCAUGCUGCCCUAGCUGAUAGUUAUAGUUUGAGGUACCUAUUUGUUUACAGACAAAUUAUUUUGGAGGUGAUCUCCAGAUGGAUCGGCAUCACAGGCAAGGAUAAGGUUGUUGCAGUGUUGUAUGCAACUGCUAGAUAUAUUACGUGUUAUUCUAUUGCCAGACCACUAAUUGAGCAGUAUUUGGAAAGACAAAAUGAAUACCUCAUCACCAUAUUACAAAAUGCUCCUUCGCAGGACGCUGAGCAACUGCGUAUGAUAUUAUUAGCAUACUAUAGACUGCUGCACCAUAACAAGGAAAUAUUCGCGAAAUUUAUCAGGCCAGAAGUCAUGUAUAAAAUCAUGAAUCAUGAAGAAAAUAGCCAUGUGGUAAAGUAUUUGGCUGUUAAGAUUCUGUCCAUAUACUUGGACUCAGGUGAAAAGGCACUGAAAGAUAUGAUAAAGGUACAUUUCAAUGAGAACGAGGCGAUCUUGGGUCCUUACGAGAAGAAUGAAAAAGUUGAUUACAGAUUCUUAGAGCUGAAUGAGGCAAAGAUUGUUUCCUGUUUCUCAAGGUUGCCCGUACCGGAUGAAGAGUUCGUCAUUUCGAGCAAUCAACACUGUUUUGUCCUGUCUCCUCAAGAUUUCACUGACCGGGUGGUCUCAAUAUGUGGUGUUCUUGUUCCAAGGGUUACUACUGUUCCUGACAGGGAACCAUAUAAUAUAACCUAUGUCCCAACUGAGAAGGCAAUCGUGACACUUCGCCAAUUAGCCCAAAGUAUGCGAAAUUCAGAACCUAUGAUGUUAAUUGGUAAAGCUGGGUCCGGUAAGACAUUUUUGAUUAACGAAUUGACCAAAUAUCUGAGGUGCCAUGAUUCCGUUGUUAAGAUACAUCUGGGAGAGCAAACUGAUGCCAAGCUGCUAAUAGGAACUUACACUUCAGGUGAAAAACCUGGUACCUUUGUAUGGAGAUCUGGCGUGUUGACCACAGCAGUGAGAGAAGGUCGCUGUGUACUUAUCGAGGACGUAGAUAAGGCUCCUACAGAGGUUUUGUCAAUUCUAUUGACACUGCUUGAAAGACGUGAGCUAAACGUGCCUUCUAGAGGUGAAACAAUCAAAGCGGCAAACGGUUUUCAAAUGAUCUCAACGGUGAGGACAAACGAAGAGGGAGCAAAUCAACAGAAGAACAGCACGUCAAGUAUGAAUUUACUUGGUAUGAGGUUAUGGAAUAUAAUAAGGUUGGAAGAGCCUAAUGAGGCCGAUCUUCGAGAAAUUUUGACCAAAAAAUUCCCUAUACUACUCCAUUUGAUACCGCGACUCAUCCAGACCUAUAAGUCCGUGAGGGAGAUUUAUUUGGACUCAAGAUUUACGUCAUUAAACAAAGGAGCUCAUACAAGAAUAGUGUCCGCUAGGGACCUUGUCAAACUAUGUCAUAGGCUUCAAGUCCUUCUAGCUAAUAACAGGAUAACCGAGCCUGAUCAGCUAAUUGAAUCGCAAGUUUACGAUGACAUCUUUGCAGAGGCUACUGACUGUUUUGCUGGUGCUAUCAGUGAGAGCAAGGCUUUGGAACCACUUAUUAGUUGCGUUGGUGAAUGCCUGGAGAUCUCUAACGCCAGGAUUGCAUUGUACUUGAAAAAUCAUGUACCUAAGUUUGAAACUCAUCAAAAUCAUGUUGAGGUUGGAAGAUCGAUGUUGACAAGAUCGGAACUAAUUUUGCAAAAAAAAUCAGUCAACUCGACUUCUUUCGCCUCCACUAAUCACUCCUUGCGGUUGAUGGAGCAGAUAGGUGUUGCCGUUCAAAUGUGUGAGCCUGUUCUGCUAGUGGGUGAGACAGGUACGGGUAAAACAACAGUUGUACAACAGCUCAGCAAACUUUUACACAAGCCCUUGACGGUUAUUAAUGUUUCUCAACAGACAGAGACGGGUGACUUGUUAGGUGGUUACAAGCCAGUUAACUCCAAGACAAUCGCACUGCCGAUUCAGGAGACCUUUGAAUCGCUAUUCGGGGCUACGUUCUCAUUGAAGAAAAAUGAACAUUUCUAUAAGAUGCUUCACAAGUGUUUCAAUAGAAGUCAAUGGAGAAAUGUCGUUCGCCUUUGGGCGGAGGCCUGUAAAAUGGCCCAUAGCAUUCUCGAGAUCACAAAAGAAUCCGAGGAGGACGACAAUAAAAAGAAGAAGAAGAAGAGAAGACUUGAUGAUCAUGAAAAAAAGCUUCUCUCAGAUAAAUGGACUGAAUUUGAAGACCUGGUACGAAAGUUUGAAGCCCAAUCCUCCUCCAUCGAGGGUUCUUUUGUUUUUGACUUUGUUGAAGGUUCAUUGGUAAGAGCUGUAAGAAAUGGGGAAUGGUUGCUUUUAGAUGAGGUCAAUUUGGCAUCUGCCGACACAUUAGAAAGUAUAUCAGAUUUGUUAGCUGAGAAGGACUCUAGAAGCAUUUUACUAUCUGAAAAGGGCGAUGCUGAACCGGUUAAAGCUCACCCAGACUUUAGAAUAUUUGCAUGCAUGAAUCCCGCGACCGAUGUCGGUAAGAGGGACUUGCCAUCAGGCAUUAGGUCGAGGUUUACCGAAAUUUACGUUCAUUCACCAGAUCGUGAUAUAUCGGACCUCUUGACCAUUAUUGAUAAAUACAUUCACAGGUACAGCGUAAGCGAUGAAUGGGUGGGCAAUGACAUUGCAGAGCUUUACUUGCAAGCCAAAAAAUUAGCCGAAGAUCACCAAAUUGUGGAUGGAUCCAACGAGAAACCACACUUCAGCAUUCGUACGUUAACUCGUACUUUACUCUAUGUUUGUGACAUUGUUCAUAUUUACGGUCUUCGCCGCUCACUAUAUGAUGGUUUCUGCAUGAGUUUUCUAACUCUUCUGUCACAAAAGUCGGAGGAACUUCUUGAACCCAUCAUUCAAAAGUAUACUCUCGGAAGAUUGAAGAAUGUGAAAUCAGUCAUAUCUCAAGCACCACAAUCACCAGGCCCCGACUACGUUCAAUUCAAGCAUUACUGGAUGAAGAAGGGUCAGGAGGAAAUAAAGGAACAAGCGCAUUAUAUCAUCACUCCAUUUGUUGAGAAAAAUUUGAUGAAUUUGGUGAGAGCAACUUCGAGCAAAAGAUUCCCUGUUCUUGUUCAAGGUCCUACCUCGGCCGGUAAGACCAGUAUGGUUAAAUAUCUCGCUGAGAUUACUGGUCACAAAUUUGUUCGUAUUAACAACCACGAGCACACCGAUUUACAGGAAUACUUGGGUACUUAUGUUACCGAUGAUACCGGUAAAUUGGCAUUUAAAGAAGGUGUUCUAGUGGAAGCUUUAAGAAACGGUUACUGGAUUGUGCUAGACGAGUUGAAUUUGGCUCCCACCGACGUUUUAGAGGCUCUUAAUAGAUUGCUUGACGAUAAUCGAGAGCUAUUCAUACCAGAGACACAAGAAACCGUCCACCCCCAUCCCGAUUUCAUGCUGUUUGCAACACAGAACCCUCCUGGUAUAUAUGGUGGCCGUAAAAUUCUUUCCAGAGCUUUUAGAAAUCGUUUCCUCGAGCUUCAUUUCGAUGAUAUUCCUCAAGAUGAACUGGAAGUGAUUUUGCGCGAACGCUGUCAAAUAGCUCCACCCUACGCAAAGAAAAUCGUGGAGGCUUAUCGCAACCUUUCGGUUGAAAGGUCAUCAUCGAGACUUUUCGAGCAGAAGAAUAGUUUCGCUACCUUACGUGACCUUUUCCGUUGGGCUCUCAGAGAUGCUGUUGGUUACGAGCAGUUGGCUUCCAAUGGUUACAUGUUACUAGCUGAGCGUUGUAGGACACCCCAGGAAAAAGAAGUUGUGCAGAGGACACUAGAGAAAGUAAUGAAGGUAAAACUUGAUAUGGACAAAUACUAUGAAGGUUUAGAAGACAAAUCAUUAGUUGCGAAAGAAUCCUCUGUUGUUUGGACAAAAGCAUUGCGCCGUCUAUCUGUCUUGGUUUCUACUUGUCUACAGAACAAUGAACCCGUCUUACUGGUCGGUGAAACUGGUUGCGGUAAAACAACGAUUUGUCAAUUGUUGGCCUGGUUCAAAACCAAGCAGUUAAUUACUUUAAACGCGCAUCAGAAUACAGAAACCGGUGACUUACUCGGAGCUCAAAGGCCUGUUCGUAAUAGAUCUGCCAUCCAGGCCAAGUUGGCCGAAGAGCUACGUGAGGUUUUGGGCAGCUCUCUAAGCUCGACAAAUGAGCCCAGCCUGGAUGAAAUGCUUGAAAUAUAUGACAGUAUGGAUAAGACGAGUAUUAAUGAGCGUCAAUUGGCGUCGAUCAAAAAACUGCGGGAAAACUCAAAAGUCCUCUUUGAAUGGUGUGAUGGUCCACUAAUUCAUGCUUUGAAAAGUGGCAACUUUUUUCUGCUGGAUGAAAUUUCAUUAGCCGAUGACUCAGUCCUGGAAAGAUUGAAUAGUGUGCUAGAGCCUGAGCGAAGCUUGUUACUGGCUGAGAAGGGGGCCUCCGACUGCCUCGUAACUGCUACCGAUGGCUUCCAGUUCUUCGCUACAAUGAACCCUGGUGGAGACUAUGGUAAGAAAGAGCUGUCCCCUGCUUUGAGAAAUCGUUUUACUGAAAUAUGGGUCUCCUCGAUGGAGGACUUUGAUGAUGUUCAAUUAAUCGUAUCGUCGAAAUUAGCACCACCUCUGAAAUUCCUAGGGAAAGUGAUUGUUGCAUUUUCAGAAUGGUUUGCCGUAAAGUUUGGCGGUGGCAAUGCCUCUAGUGGUGUGGUUUCCCUUCGUGAUAUUCUGGCUUGGGUUGAAUUCAUGAAUAGCAGUAUUUCGACUGUCAAAGACCCCAAGGCAGUACUCUCUCAUGGUGCGGCAAUGGUAUUCAUUGAUGCUCUAGGAACGAAUAACACAGCUUAUCUUGCUGAAAGUGAGGACGGUUUGUAUGAGUUAAAGCGAGAGUGCAUUAGGCAGCUAUCGGAGUUUGCAAAAGGAGAUUUAAGUGCAUAUUUCAAAAAUUCUACCACGAUCGAAGUUAAGAAAGAUGCUUUGCUAGUUGGACCCUUCAAGUUGUCCAGAAAUUCAACGGAAAACAUCACCAACUCCUUCAACUGGAAUGCCCCCACUACUGCCAUGAAUCUUCAACGCGUCGCGCGUGCCUUACAAGUGCAUAAACCAAUAUUGCUUGAAGGUAGUCCAGGUGUAGGUAAAACAAGUUUGGUGACAGUCUUGGCCGAGAUUACGGGCAAUAAUUUAACUCGUAUCAAUUUGUCAGAACAAACCGAUCUAAUAGACCUUUUUGGUUCUGAUGUUCCAGGGGAAAAUUCUGGAGAGUUUGUAUGGCGAGAUGCCCCAUUUCUUAGAGCAAUGCAAUUAGGUGAAUGGGUCCUUUUGGAUGAAAUGAACUUGGCAUCCCAAUCUGUACUGGAAGGUCUGAAUGCAUGCCUUGACCACCGUGGGGAAGCCUAUAUCCCAGAAUUGGAUAAGAAUUUUGCACGCCAUCCGAACUUCACUGUCUUCGCUGCACAAAAUCCACAGUACCAAGGUGGUGGUAGAAAAGGUCUGCCAAAAUCAUUUGUUAAUCGUUUCAGUGUUGUUUACAUCAACACCCUUUGUAGCAAUGAUUUGUUGUUAAUCGUCAACAAUUUGUUCCCGAAUAUUAACACUGCCACAGCUGCAAAGAUGAUUGAACUAAUGUCAGUCCUCGAAGAUCAGGUUUGCAAAAGAAAGUUAUGGGGUACUCAGGGAUCACCGUGGGAAUUCAAUCUAAGAGAUACUCUUAGAUGGAUGAAAUUGAUGACCGAGGAGUCUCUAUUGGAGGAAGCGCAAGUGGCGGACUUUUUUGAUAUCAUCGUAAGACAAAGGUUUAGAAAUGUACCAGACAGGGAAAAGGCCCAGAUGUUAAUUGAGAAUAUUUUUGGAGCUUACAAAAGAAGAGAUGAUUUCUAUAAGAUUGAUGCAGACUACCUUCAAAUCAAUGCGGAGGUUAUAAGAAGGAACGAUUCAUAUCACUACCCAACCGCUCAUUUAUCUCCAUUGCAGUGUAAUUUCGGUAUCUAUGAGUCUGCCAUUCGAUGCAUAAAAAACAAUUGGCCUGUUAUAUUGGUGGGACCCAGUAACUCUGGUAAGACAGACCUUGUCAUGUUUUUGGCAGCAACUAUUGGUGCGGAAGUUGCAAUGUUUUCGAUGAAUAGCGAUGUCGAUAGCAUGGAUAUUUUGGGUGGGUAUGAGCAAGUUGAUCUGACUAGAAAGAUUUCGCACAUUACAGAUAAUCUACGUCGAUAUCUGAGGAAGUCUCUCACGGCCAAUAUGGGAUUCGAUGGUCAGAACCCAGAUGCAGUUGUUACAGGAUUCGAGCUCAUGGACUUCGUGUCACAUUUUUCAGUCACCGCUGAGAAUUUCGAAGAGUUCCAGAAGCGUUUUGAUGCCUUUUAUUGUUUCAUGACCGAAAACGCUGAGGUCAAGGAAUUAGCUUCUAGUAUCAAAGAUAUGUCCUCCCUCGUUGUCAAAGAGGCCGCGGUUAAAUUUGAGUGGUUCGAUGGUAUUUUAGUUAGAGCAGUCGAGAAGGGGCACUGGCUAAUACUAGAUAAUGCAAAUCUGUGCUCGCCAUCGGUUUUGGAUAGACUAAACUCUCUACUGGAGACUAAUGGAUCCUUAAUUAUAAACGAAUGCAGUCAAGCAGAUGGUCAACCCAAACAGGUUUUCCCGCAUCCUAACUUUAGGUUAUUCUUAACAGUCAACCCGAAAUAUGGUGAGUUGUCGAGAGCUAUGAGGAAUAGAGGAGUUGAACUUUUUAUGGAAGAUUUAAAUGACAGAGCUACUAGCUUUGACAAACUCACGCUUGGCUAUGAUCUAUCAGGGCCGGAGCACAAAACCCAAGCAGUGGAUGACAGCAUGAAAGCAUUGUCUUUACGUGAUUUGCGGCCAGCUUUGCCACUGAAGAGGUUUGUUCCUUCUCAUUUGUCCUCGCCCGUCACAUUUGCGCAAGUUUUGGAUGUCAUCGACCAGUCGCCAUCCGACAUUCUAGUGAAUCCUCUCCUCAGUUUGAUGCCUUUCAAUCAGCUCAAUGAGUUGGAUGGUUGGGGUAAAAAUAUUGUGAACAAUCGUUUUUUCCAAGAGGGGUCCAUUGCUGGAAAGCUUUGUGCCUAUCGUACCUCUUUGACGAACCUCAGAGUGGAAGACAGAUUGGAUUCUUUGAUGAUUCCUACAAAAGAGAGAGUAUCUGGGCUUUUGAGAUUGAAUACAGAGAGCUGCAAUGCACAAAAUUACUUACCAACACUCAAUGUUUAUGAACUUUCGACCAUCGAGAAGGCUCUUCCUCAAAAUUUUAAGUUAGAGUCCAUCUACCUGCUGGCUGCCCUAGAAUUACUUCUUAAGUGCGAUUCUGACCUGCAGUACACUUCCGCAAAGGCCACAGGAGGUAAGCUCAACGAUCUUUCCUAUAUUGAAAUGUCAGCAGCAUUAGAAAAUGGCCGUAAUAUCAAGACGCCGCCACGAAUUCCAAUCUACAGAGUUCUGAAAAGGACUAUAGAAUUUCUCUCUCAGAAAGUUCUCGAAGGAGAGCUUAUGAAAGGUUUUGACUUCUAUCAAUUUGUUUGGAAACUUCUGAUUGUCUGGAUUGGUGCUUUUGAAACGUCUUACAGGAAAGAUGAGGCACGGUUAGCUGUGUACAAGGACAUGUUCAGACAAUGCAUCGAAUCCGCUGGACAAGGACAGAAUUUAGAUGGUCUGUCAUACAUCUUCUCGGGUUUCAAUAGUUCCUUAGAUCUGGCACGCGGUCACUCGAUGAAUAUUCUGUGGAGCACCUUUAGAAGCUCGUAUCCCUCAAGUGCAGAAACUUGGGAGUUUUGGAAUGAACUAAGCAGAAGCUCGAAGAGAUUUGAUGAAGUUGCAAAAAAUCAGUUUCCUGACGCUUACGUGGAGGUAGAAUCCCUGAGAAGUAUUUUUACAGCUUUGUUCGAGGACAUCCUGAAUAAUACUGUGAAUGACUUCAGGCUGUUGCGCGCCAAUCUUGAUUCUGGAAUUCAAAAGCUGGAAGAGAUCUCUGCUAUGUUUUUAACCAAAAGACAGCACCUGUUUUUGAGUGAGUUCGAUCACAUUGCAAGAUGUUUGCUGGCCGAGGGAGAGGUUGAAAUUGAAGCCGUCAACCACCUGGCACCCUUCACCUCACUGAAUACUGAACAAAUCUUCAAAAUCCAGACAAAAGCAUAUUGUUUCUCACCAUUAUUUGAUUUCUUGUGGAUCAAGACAAAUGGAGUGUACGAGUCUUUUGCGGACAAGAUGUUUUCAUCAUCGUUCUUCAGCGAUAUUCUGGCCAAAAGCAAUAUAAUGAAAAGCUUUCCAGGUAGUAUUGUGGGACAAACAUUGUCAGAUGCUAAACUUUUGCUCUCGACGACCGUGAAACUCUCCAAGAAAGUUUUGAAUGACCCACUCCUCCUGUUUUCGGAUAGGUUGCGCCAGUGGCUAACGAAUAUCAUAGAAACUCACAUCGAAACUGAUGUGACAAAUAUUGAUGAUCGAGAAAUUAUAAAAAUUGCUCACAGUAAAGGUCGUGGAGAGUUUGCUAAAGUGUUCGAAGAUUAUCUCACUUCUGUUAUCGGUCUCUUGAGAACACCCUCCUAUGAAACAUUAGGAAGAGCUUGGGUCAUAUUUGGUGCUGCACUAAUUCAGCUGUAUGCUCCUGAUCGUCCUUCUGAUCCUGCAAUUCGUGAUUAUGUCAUAUACGACAAUUUUCUGAAGCACAAGGGGUUCUCCAAACAACUCCAGACUUCUUGGUCCUCAGUUCGUCAUGUUGUCAGUGGAGAUAAGCCAAUAUCAGCCGAAGAACUUAUUGGUUGUAGUUCAGAAGUUGUUCCACCAGGCAAACCCAGAGUGUACCGUCCGUCCUCAGCCAUCGACGAUUUAUUUGACGAAUGGACCUCGCUGUACAACUCGACUCUGAACUUAGAAAAUGCCGACAGCUUGAUGAAAUCUAUUGCUCUUUGGGAAAAUACGUCAGCUAACCGGUUGAGUAUGUUCCAACAGAAUACUUCACAGCUUCUGGACCGUCUAAGGACUGGUUACCAGUAUUUCUCAGAUCUGAACGAGAUUUUUGCGGGUUACAUACAUUGCAUGAAAUUUGGUUUUGAUCUGUUAGGGUACGGUAGUCGUCAGAGAGUUACUGACACCGAGGUCGAUUCAUUGUGGGCAGUUGACCCUCUGACGAUCAUGUCUCCCUUCAAAAUUGAAACUAGCUUUAGGGAAAUGACUAAAAUCUGCAGAAAAUGUAGCACCGAUACUGUGAACGUCGAGAAAAUCCUCAAUUACUAUAUGCAACUUUCAAGGCUACACAAGUCUGAUGACCAGGUCAUCUCUGUUUGGAACGGCGCGCUUCAAAUAUUGUACUACAGAUGGUCACUCAGAGAACGCAAGGCGGAAAGUAAGCUAAAAGAGCAAUCCUCUAUAUUCAAGUACCAGGAUGAUACUGAUAACUACGAGGAGGAUUUCAAAAAGAUGUUUCCAGAUUAUGAGGAAAUUUUGAGUGUAACAGAUGUAGAUGGGAACACUGCCGAAACCGAGCUAAAUGAAAUUUACUUCUCACUUGCAAAAUCAUAUAUGGCAAUAUUUGAGGAUGAUCAAGACGUGAGACUGGAAAGCUUACUGCAGGAAGGUUCUAAUGUUGUUCAAAUUCUUAUGGAUAUGGAGGUAUCUUCGAAAGAACAUGGUCUACAAAGUGCUCAACUGACCUCAGUUCUGAACAGAUUAGCUGGCGAGGUAGAACGUUUCGAAAUGCAGAGCGAUGAUGUUGAUUUCUACAAUGGCUUCUCAAUCUCGGAGUCGCAAAAGGCGAUCGUAGUUGUCGACGCUUUAUGGAAAUCUACCUAUGACCUGUUGAUACAAUGGCCUGAACAUGCUACCUUAAAUGAGCUUUUCCGUAUUUGCAAAGAGUUUUUAAGUUACUCGACCAACACCCCAAUUGCUAAAUUGUUACAGAAGCUGGAGCAGAUUUAUACGUUCGUUGCAGAAUGGGAAAAAUAUGCCUCUUCUCAAGUAUCUCUUCAAGUGCACAUUAAGAGCAUAACUGAUUUGAUUAUAUCAUGGAGAAAAUUGGAACUACGAACAUGGUCGAGCUUACUUGAGACGGAGGAUGUCAAGUUGGAAUCCAACAUUGGAAAAUGGUGGUUCUAUCUUUUCGAAACAAUAAUUGUCUCAGUGAACUCCUCAGAAUAUGAUGAGGCAAAGCUCACGACGCUGUUAGUGUCACUUAACGUGUAUUUCAGCAAGAGUUGUGUGGGUGAGUUUGUUCCUCGCCUGAAACUACUAAAAGCGUUCGCGAAGCACCUCAGCUCUUUGAAUUGUACAGUGCCAGGCAUUCUGCGGGCAGUCAACAACAUCAUAGCUUUUUACAGCCAGUUUGAGCCGCUAAUUAUCGAUCAUAUUGUUACUGGUCGGAAGCAACUGGAAAAAGAUGUUAAAGAUGUCAUUUUGCUAGCAAGCUGGAAAGACGUAAAUGUGGAAGCAUUAAAACAAAGUUCUCGCCGUUCUCACAACAGUCUGUACAAACUGAUUCGUAAGUACCGUGCAAUCAUAUCUGAAAGCGUUCAGCCUAUGAUUGAGAGUGGUAUUCCGCAAUCUCAGAAGACAAUAGUUGGCGCACCGCUACUGCGAAUGCCAACUCCUAGAGAAUUGAAUCUAAUAGAAGCUAAGCGGGUAGUGAUUGAAAUACCAGAUUGGGAUUCCAGACCGCUACCUCUAAAAAAUAUCGAUGUUGUGAUGGCAAACAUGAAUAGCUACCUAAAACAAAUGAGCGAUAUGGAAGUUCCUGACUUUACUUUUGUUGCGAAAGGAAUGGCUUCAGAAGCAGAGAGAUUGGAAAAAGAUACACCAAAGGUUUAUUCAAAAGAGAAGAAGAAGUUACUGGCCUCCUUGAAAAUGCAGAAAACCAAGAUUUUGAGUGACAGUCUAAAGGAGCUUAGAAGGAUAGGUCUAAAGAACAGUUUCCGGGAAGAUAUACAUAAGGUACAGUUAACGGUUACUGCUGUUCUAACGAACAUGGCAUCUUUCUCGAAUUCAUCAUUGGAAGGCUGUGACUCUCAUUUCCUAAGGAUAUUAGACUUACUGCCGAGCUUGAGAAGUGCCGUCUCCGAACCAUCUGAUAGCAUACCUACUGCUUAUGUCGAGAAGGGUAUGGCAACAGUGGAAAAUCUGAUAUUCUCAUUGAUAACCACCAGAGAACCGAUCAAAAGCCUAGCAACUAACCAUGAGAAGUUCAGUCGUCUUCGUAUCGAUUUGGAGGCAAUUAUCAAUUCGCAAGCCGACUUGCGGUUCAGGUCUGUAAGUCACAACUAUUGUAUGCUGCAAAAUGUCUGUAAAUGGCUACCUAUUCUGAUCGACUAUGCUCUGAUCACCAUGAAUGUGACAUCCUCAUUUGGCAGUAUAUCCAGCGAUGUUGCAUUCUUCAACAACAUCAAGACUGAGCUGGGUAGAUUCGAGCAGAAUGCAAAGGAUCUAUCUACUUGGGAUUCGUCUUCCCGAAGCACCUACGAAGAGUUUGAAACCUUCGUAGGAGACCUGCUGGUUGAGUUGAGAUCCCGAGGCAGUGAUACUACCUUCUUCAUUUAUAACAUGCUAGCGAUGUGGGUCGAAGAUAAUGCUUUUAAAGUUGCAAAGAUAGAGUGCGAGGAGGGAUCACUAAAUGAGGUCGAAAACGCGCUUCGUAAACUUUUCGCAAGUAUAUUACUGUCAUUCCAGAAGGUUUUGGAAUCCGGUGUUGAAUCCAUUAGCGAGGACGAAGAUAGGUGGCUCUCUACGUCUUCUCAACGUGUUGUAGGUAAUUUGAAAUCGCUACGCCACGUCAUCAUUGUAAGAAACAUGGAAGCAGUCGUUGAAUUACUGAAGAAGUACAACUAUGUCGCGCGUCACUCCGUUUUGGUACGUGCUUUGGUAACUUUUACUUUACCGGUGAUAAAUUCUUACGAAAGUGCCAUGACUACCAUGCUGCAGAAGGGUAGAGCCUUUUACACCGAUUUGGCACAUGGCUCUUACAUUUUGAGUGUGCUGUUACGGAACUUGGCCAAGAACGGUUUCUGUUCACCAGAGCCACCAUCAGAAGAAGUCGACGACAAAAACCUUCACGAGGGAACAGGUCUAGGAGAUGGAGAAGGUGCCCAAAAUAACACUGAAGAUAUCGAGCAAGAUGAAGACUUGACUGAAAAUGCUCAGACUGAAAACAAGGAUCAGGAAGAUAAGAAUGACGAUGACCAAGAAGAAGAUGCUGUAGCAAUGGAAGGUGAUAUGGCUGGAGACCUGGAAAAUCUCUCGGAUCAGGAAGAUCAAGAAGAUGCCGAUGAGCAGGAGGAAGAAGAAGAAGAGAUGGAUGAGCAGGUUGACGACUUGGAUGACGACGAUCCUAAUGCUAUCGAUGAUAAAAUGUGGGACGAAAAGCCUGACGACGAAGCCAAAGAAAAGAACACAGACUCAAAUUUAGAUAAUAAAGAUGAUGACGCCGAUGUUCAGGCAGCAGAAGGUGAAAGCAAAAAUGCUGAUAAAGGUGAAGACGAACGUAAAGACGAGAAUGCACAGGAAAGUGAAGUUAAGAAGGAAGAAAAUGAAGCUGGAGAAGACAAAGAUGAGAUGGAAGAAGAAAACGAAGGAGAAGAAAACGUUGGAGAACAAGAAGAUGAAGUAAGGAAUGAAGAAGGCGAAGAUCUAGCUCCAGAAGUUCCUGAAAUCGAAACUUUGGAACUUCCUGAGGAUAUAAACUUGGAUUCUGGUGAAGAAAAAGAAGAAGAAGAAGAAGAUGGUGACCAGAACAUUAGCGAUACUGAAGACUUGAAUGAGCAAAUUAAGGAUGAGGAACUCUCUGAUUCUGUUGAGUCGGAAGAAUACGUGGAUGAGCAGUCCGAUGUAGAGAUGGAUACUCAUGAACAAGACCAAGAAGGAAGUGACAAUGAGAUGGACGACAAUGGUCUUCCAAGUGAUGGGGAGGAGACACAGGAUAAUCCAGACGAGAAGAGUGAAGUAUCCGACGAAGAAGACUUACAUGAUGAUCAACAAGUAGAUGCAGAAGGCGGACAGGGUGCUACCGAAGACAAUCUCGCAGGACUUGACGGUGUAAAUGAGCCUGAAGAUAUCGAAUCGAAUGAUCCAGAUGCCGCUGCUCAGCAGCAAUCUGGUUCAAAAGGCAUAGGAUCGGAUUCACGAGACACUGAGGAGACAAAAGACAUCGGUAGCUCCGGCGACACUCAAAGUGCCAAAGAAGAUAAUGAGAUUGAUGAAGUGGACAGAAAUGAGUCUUCAAGAAGCGAAGCCAAGGAGGCCUUGAAGCAGCUUGGUGAUUCUCUUAAGGAGUACCAUAAACGGAGACAAGAGAUCAAUGAGGCAUCUCAGGUCGAAAAUGAGGACCAAGUCAAUGAGGCGGCUAAUCAGAGACCUGAUGAAUUCGAACACCUUGAUGGAACCAAUACUGAAAGCGAUACACAGGCUUUGGGACAUGCUAACCAGGACCAAGUCCAAUCGAUUGAUGAAAAUAAAGCAAUAGAGGAUGACCUUUCGGAUCUUGAGAAGCAUCAAGACUCUGAUGUCGACAUGGACGUUGAAGAUGGAGCAGUUGGUGAUGAGAAUAAUGAAUCUGCGCCAACCGAGGGAGCGAAUGCCACUGACGACGCUACUGAAGAAAAGAAAACAAGAGGAGCCUUCAUUGGAGAAAGGAAAGAUCUUUCUCAAAUUGGUAUUACGCUCACCGAUGCGCUACAAGGGAACGACAAUAAUGAGCUUGAAGAACUAAUGGAUGAAAUUGAUACCGAGACUUUGCAAGAACAAAGUGAUCCUCCAAGAUCUAUCGAUGAUUCCCGUGAAUUAUGGCACGACAGUGAAAUUGCCACCGCUGAGUUGUCUGCACGUCUAAGUGAGCAAUUGCGGUUAAUUUUGGAGCCAACUUUAGCUACAAAAUUGAGAGGUGAUUAUAAGACAGGUAAGAGAUUGAACAUGAAGAGAAUUAUACCCUACAUUGCAUCGCAGUUCAAGAAAGACAAGAUCUGGUUGAGAAGGACAAAGCCAAGUAAGCGUCAAUAUCAAAUCAUGGUUGCUUUGGAUGAUUCUAAAUCUAUGAGUGAGUCGAAAUGCGUCAAACUGGCAUUCGACAGUCUGUGCCUUGUCUCAAAGACUUUAACUCAGUUGGAGUCUGGUGGACUUUCCAUCGUUAAGUUUGGUGAAACCAUCAAAGAAGUUCAUUCUUUUGACCAGCAAUUCAGCAAUGAUGCGGGUGCUAAAUCUUUCCAAUGGUUUGGAUUCCAAGAAACGAAGACGGACAUUAAAAAGCUCGUUGCGGAAUCAAUCAAAAUAUUUGAGCGUGCCCGUCCUUUGAAUACUGGUGACCAGUGGCAGCUCGAGAUUGUUAUCUCAGAUGGUUUGUGUGAAGACCAUGACACCGUUCAACGUCUAGUGCGUCGUGCACGGGAGAAUAGAAUCAUGUUGGUCUUUGUGAUUAUCGAUGGUAUCAACAACAGUGAAUCCAUCAUGGACAUGAGUCAAGUAAAAUACAUUCCUGAUCAAUUUGGUAACAUGCAAUUGAAGAUUGACAAGUAUUUGGAUACUUUCCCAUUUGAAUUCUACGUUGUGGUUCAUGAUAUCAGCGAGUUGCCAGAAAUGCUCUCUACAAUCUUAAGACAAUUUUUUACAGACUUAGCAUCUUCGUGA